AAUGCCAUAGAUUCAACGUUUUUGACAGCAAAAAAAUAGGGAUUCACAGCAAAACAGGGAAGCAUGAUGGAAAGUGCGAACCUGUAAGUGACAAUAGGCUAAGACCCACGACUAACCACUGCACCACGAGAUGUGAUAUAUUGUGGAAUAACCUUCUAUAUGAACAUCAAACGCUGCUUUUCAUUGCUGACCAGCAGAGGUCCCUAGUGGUCAUUGUGUUAAAAACUCUGAGUAAUGAACAAUUUUUCWGCACAAUUUGGUGAAAACCCAAAAGGCUUCAGAAAGCCUUGGUUUCCACAUCAUUAGGCGUUAGCUUUCUGGUUCUGUUUGAAUGUUGCUCGUUGAUACUUGUAUCGGUUGGCUCUGGUCUUGAGAGCCGCACGCAGCCUGGGAGACGGAGCGGCCAGUCAAGCGCUGUUUAGGGCUUAAACGCCCCACGAACAUUGCUUACAGGAAGAGGGUGCAGUGGAUGAGCAGCUGGACGCUGGUUAACGUUAGACCUAAAAACAGGGAGGGGGCAAUAUUCAUCCAUUCUAAGUUAUGGAGCUAAGACGGACAAACCCCGCGUGCAAUUGUGCUUUACUAUGUGGAAUAACCUUAUGUCUUAUUUUCGGUAUAAAUCUAACAUUCGCUAUAGAGUUGUACGCCCCRGCGGAAGUGCUGGUUGAGAAUGGCACCACGGGGAUCCUCAAGUGUUCCUUCAAGUCCAGGGAAGUGAUCAGCAGCGCAGCCACAGUCACCUGGUCGUUUUGCCCGGCGGGAUCCGACGCCGGAAGCGCUGUUUCCAUUUUCUAUUACACUUCUGCAAACCACUAUCCAGGGAGUGUGGCUCAAUUCAAAGACAGGGUGAAAUGGGCAGGAGACCUGAACAAAAAAGAUGCCUCGAUUCAUUUAAUUGAGGCGCAGUUCAACGACAACGGCACCUACUCGUGUGCCGUGAUUAACCCGCCUGACAUAUCUGGCACCGCCGCUCAGACACAGCUCAAGGUCGUCAUCAAAGAGUCUCUCCCUCAAGACAAAACGGCCGUCAUAGUGGUCGCCGUGUGCGGCKCGGUCAUCGGGCUUAUCGUCAUCUCUGUGGUUAUCUGCUUGAUCAUCAAGAGGCAUCAAACCACCCAUGAAUACGAAGGUCUUCUCCUGUGUGUAUCCAUGUCUGUAUGUGUCCAUGUCGCCUAUUUCUCUGUGUGCCAACGCUUCCCGAACUGCACAAAAAAAAACCUCUGGUUUGCAAACCCCUCRCCCGGCCCAAAAACUAGCUGCACGUCAGUGGAGAGUGUGAGCUCCCACGCCACACGCCCGGGGGGGAAGAAACCAGAGUCCAGCUUGAAGGGCUCCAGGUGUAGCAGCCACUCCACCCCGGUCCAGGUAGGAGCUACAGGACCUGUGAUAUACGCCCAGUUGGAUCACUCAGGCACCAAGAACCCCAACUCAUUCCACAAGAUGGAGCCAGUGGUCUACGCUGACAUAAGGAAAAACUGAAGAGAACUGGAGACCAAAAGGGACAGGCCACCAUAGCUCGCUGCUUUGGGAUGGGUGGGUGGGGGUUGUUUAAAUACAAGGUUAGAAUUUAUGAUGUUUUGAAAGAUAGUUUUUUUGUCAUUAAUUUCUCCUUUUGUCUGCUGAAAGCAUUCAUUGCAUGUUCAUGUGUGUGAUAAAACAGUUACGCUACCAAGGCUUUCAAUACAGUAAUACAACACAGAGAUUAGAGAAACACUGCCUUCAGAAAGUAUUCAUACCCCUUGACGUACUCCACAUU